AUGAACUUUUUCGGGAACAUUUUUUCUGACGAUCAUGAUGGCAGCUUGGGCAAUGGCGACAGUAGGCAGGGUGUCGGAGGUGCUACUUUAAACGGCCAGAGAGAAACGUGGGGGAAGCAAAUUCGACUGUACAAGGAGGCCAGCAAAAUCUACCUACUGAGGAAAAACGAAUUCUACAAAAGCAUUCUGUCGGAGGCCUUCAACGCCCAGGACGAAAAUGUUUUGCACCUCGUUCUAAGCCACCCCAUGUCGAGUGUGCUGGACGAGCAGGAUGGGCGCACGGACAAACUUAGAGGACGCAAAAAUAAUUUAGGAAUGCACCCAUCAGGUGCUCAUGAACGAAAAGGCAAAAGUAAAAACGGGGAAAGCGAAGAAGAGGACAUUAUACGAAUAAGAGUAAUUGGGCUAAAGUAUUUUGGGAAUUCAUUUGAGGAUAGCAAAACAUCAGGAUAAAUGAUAAGCAAAUGCAUCUCCGACUUGUGUCUCCAGAAUAGCGUCCUCAUUAGGAACAAAGUGGUUUUAGAACUCGGUGCAGGAAGUAGAUUAGCCAGCAUUUCGCUUAUCACGCAUGCGAACAUUUUUUGCAACGGAACUAAUCAAGAACCGAACCAAGUAGUCAUUACCGAUGUCAACCCAUUCACUCUAAGUAACAUUUCGCAUAAUGUCCUAUUAAACGAAGAACUCUUUGGACACCUAGAUUUUGUAUGGAGGAGUAAAGUAAAAAUAUGCAACAUCGACUGGUCCAAUGAAAAAAUACAAAGAACAGGGAUGAGUCACAAGAAUUCUUUGAUCAAUUAA